CCUAACUUCUUUCCAUCAGUUCCUGUUGUCUGCUAUGUGAAGAUACAGUUGUCAAAUGUCAAUUUUCGUUGAUACGUUAAUUGUUGGUAAUUUAUCACAUCUUUGGCGCGGUGUGGCCGUGUCAAUUGAGAUUUUCACUGCGUAUUUUUGCAUACUGCAGUCUUGAAAUUGUCGCGUCUUCAUAAAUUCGAAUGUCCAAUUGAUACUGCGUAUUCGGCAAAUGAGAUUUGUUUGUUAUAAACCAACGUAAUUGCGCGAAUUAUCGUUGUUGUUAAUCGGUGUUGAUCAUAUGCUAGAUCUGUGUGUGUGUGUUUUUUAAAAGAUUCUCACGAAAAAGAAGCGCCAGCGAAUUAAUCUUUUUUUAUACACACAAGGUGAAGAGAAUUAUGUAGCUUACAAUGGUUGCGAGCGCAGCUACUGAUAUGACCGGAUCUAUAUAUCAUGAGCGACAAGUGAAGGAACUCUGUGCGUUACAUGCACUCAACAACUUAUUUCAAGAACGUGAUUUUAGCAAGCAAGAAUUGGAUCAAAUCUGUUAUAGUUUAAGUCCUGAUGUGUGGAUCAAUCCUCAUAAGUCAUUACUUGGACUUGGCAACUAUGAUAUUAAUGUUAUCAUGGCUGCUCUCCAAAGAAGAGGGCGAGAAGCUGUAUGGUUUGAUAAACGUAGGGAUCCUAAGUGUCUUCGCUUAGAUAACAUAGAAGGUUUUAUACUUAAUGUUCCAACUGAAUAUAAGUUAGGUUUUGUGUUACUUCCCUUGAAACGGCGUCACUGGAUUGCUCUGAAAAAGAUUCAUGGUGCCUUUUACAAUCUUGAUUCAAAAUUGGACUCGCCGCAAUUAAUAGGAAAGGACAACGACUUACUCAUAUAUCUAAAGGACCAGAUAGACAGCAAGGAGAAGGAACUUUUUCUUGUUGUUUCUAGGGAGAUAGACAGUAAUCAAGGAUGGUUGAUAGAUACGUGCGAAAAUACAGGCGACAAUAAUAUAGAUCAUGAUUCGAUUAGGUACAUUGAGGAUGAAUAUCCAGAUAUAGAUUUGAAGAAAUCGGAGUCUAAAGAGAUGAAUGAGAAUAACGAAAUUACAGAUAACAAAAAUUCAAGAUAAUUGGAACUAUUCUCGCCGUGUUCUCUCUUAAUUGUUUAUUUAGUAUUAUUGUGUUGUUAAAAAUUUAAAUAAGAGCCACUAUUUUUUUACAUGGAAAUGCUCAAAAACUCCGAAAAAAAUGAAGAAAAGUUAAAAAAUGGAAAUCAGACUUAAACAUUCCAAACAUUUCAUAAAGUGUUUUAAACAUUCUAGACACGAUAACAGUUUUCUUCUCACAUUUAAUGUCAAACAUUGUAAUAACAAUGUAAGAUUCUUUUUCAAAGUUAUGUGUGACAUCAUAAUAUAAGAAAAUAGCGCAUUUCCUAACUAAAACUAUUGCUUUAUUAAAAGCAAUAAAAAGCUCUGUCACAUAUAAAAGAAAAAGUGGUAUUUAAAUCACUACUCACGAAUGUGUUAUAUAUAUAUGAAAAGAUAUUUAUGUGUAAAUAUUUAAAAUCACAUUUUAUUUGUUGGAAUAAUCAUCCUUUUGUACUUUGUGAAACGAACACAUUUUGUAAUAUGAAAUUGUUAUAAUACACACAAUCCUGUGUCUCUUUUUA